AUGAGUAGUUCAAGUCUUGUGUUUUUACUCUAUGGGCUUACUCUAGCCUCCAUUGUGGCCACAAUACAUGGAAGGAAUUUGAAGCAAAGCAUGCAUGAAAGAAAGAAGCAACAAUUAGAGCAACAAUCAUAUCCUCCACCACCACCACCACCUUCACGAGAAAGCUUGUAUUUAGCUUCACUUUCAAAGGGGACUGUGCCGAAUUCUUCACCCACCAAACAUCACCACUCUUUCGUAGUCAAUGAGGAGCUCAUUGUGCGUCACCUAGCGGCUCUUGAUCGUAUUCUUCGCUCCGUUCCUAGCCCCGGUGUUGGCCAUUAA